CUUCAAGCCUCACCUUUUCCUAACACCUUGGACUCUCUCCUAUCAUCAUCUUUAUCAUCCUCUAACAUCGUCUUCACCUUGAUCUCAUCCUCCUUCCGAAACAAUCAUGUAUAAAUACGAGGUUGCUUGAACACUUCGAAUCACUUGCAAAACAGUCGUUUUAACCAUCUUUUAACCAUCAUUUCAUCGUUCUUCUCCUUACUUCACCAACCAAUUGUAUUUUUUUGAUUUUGUUGCUCAGCCUGCAAAUAUUUAAACCAUUCAAAAUGAAAUACUCUUACAUCUUUUUUGCUGUUAUCAUCGCCGUUGUCUGCGCUCGAAGUGUCCGGGAAAAGCGUCAAGCUGAAGCUUAUACAUUACCAGAUGGAAUUGAAUUUAUUUUAAACGCUCCUUUGGUAACCAAAUUCCGUUGUGAAGCUGCUGGAUAUUACGCUGAUAUUGACAACAAUUGUCAAUUGUUCCACAUUUGUGAUGUUUCAACUAAUCCAAGAGGAGUCUCUGAGAUCAGACAAUACACAUUUGCCUGUGGUAAUCAAACAAUUUUCAACCAAUUAACCAUGACCUGUUCGACUCCUGAGGAAUCUAUUCCUUGUGACCUUGCUCCACAAUUUUACAGUUUCAACACCAAGAUUGGUCUUGAAAAGACUCCAUUCCAUACCGAUGAGGAACUCGCCAAUGCUGCUCAAUAUGUUCCUGCUCGUGCCAAAUUGCUUAAAAAUUAAUUAAAAUUGGUUAGUUAAAUAUGUAAACAUUAACAUAAUAAAAUAAGAAUAAUGUAGUUUGAAGUGUUGAAAUUUUUCUUCUUGUGCCUUAAUCUUCUUUCAGCCAAAAUCUGUCUCUUUUACCUUUUCACUCUUUAUUUUAUUCCUGAUUAUUGUAAUUUCUUCUUCUUCUUCCUCUGAACCUGAAACUGAUUUUUGUUUAAUAUUAUGUAAAAAGUAAAAAAAAUAAAUAA